AUGACGGAGGCUAUCGAUGCCCAUGUCCUCAAGAAGUACGAAAUUCAGCAGAAGCUCGGCAAAGGGGCCUACGGGAUCGUGUGGCGCGCCGUGGACAAGCGUACGGGUGACGUGGUGGCCCUGAAAAAGAUCUUCGACGCCUUUCAGAACGCCACGGAUGCACAGAGGACAUUCAGGGAGAUCAUGUUCCUCCAGGAGCUGAGCAACCACGAGAACAUCAUCAGGCUACUCAAUGUCCUCAAGGCUGAGAAUGAUCAGGACAUCUACCUCAUUUUUGAGUACAUGGAGACGGAUCUCCACGCCGUCAUUCGGUCAAACAUCCUGGAGGAGAUCCACAAGCAGUACAUAAUGUACCAGAUCUUCAGGUCUCUCAAGUACAUCCACUCCGCAGAGCUCCUGCACCGGGACAUCAAGGCAUGUCUCUAA